AUGGAGCUGCGUCUUAUUAGCAUUGGUAAAAGGAAUGCACAGCAAUACAAUUUGCCAACUACUUCUGAAAUCGCUGGGCUUAUCGUUGAUAACCCCGAGGGUGAUGGAACUAGAGAUAUAAUUGUAGAUGAGAAGAAAAGUGGCUUGAAAAAUAUAUCUGAGUUGCACCCCAGUUACAUGGCUUUACAAUAUCCACUUUUGUUUCCUUAUGGUGAGGAUAGUUUGCAUACUGAUAUUCCAUAUGACAAAGACAAUACUAGUGUAAGAGACGAUGAAUUGGGUUUUGAGAAAAAAAGAAAAAAUAUAACUAUGAGAGAGUACUAUGCCUUUAGACUGCAACAACGAUCAAAUGAAGGGCGGACCCUUAUUCGAGGAGGACGACUAUUUCAGCAAUUUGUAGUUGAUGCAUAUGCUACUAUUGAACAAUGUAGAUUGAAGUGGGUUAGAUGCCAUCAAGAAGAAAUACGCGCUGACGUAUUUCAAGGUAUAAAAGAAGCAGUUGCAGCAGGAGACACUGAACCAGGUACUGCAGGUAGAAUAAUUUUACCAUCUACCUUUACUGGUGGACCGAGACAAUUAGGACCACCAGACUUAUUUAUUACAUUCACAUGUAAUCCAAAAUGGUUUGAAAUCACAGAAGCUCUAAAGAAAAUUCCUGGACAACAACCAAUUGAUAGACCAGAUAUAGUUAGUCGCGUAUUUCAUAUAAAACUGAAAGCACUAAUGUCUGACCUUGAAGGAAGCAGACACUUUGGAGAAGCACAAGGAGCAAUAUACACUGUCGAAUUUCAAAAAAGAGGAUUUCCGCAUGCACAUAUAAUACUGUGGCUUAAACCCGAAGACAAGCCAAAGACUGCAGCACAUGUUGAUUCAAUAAUUCAAGCUGAAUUCCCAGACCCAGAGAAAGAUAGAGUUGGAUAUGAUGCAGUCUGUCAAUAUAUGUUACAUGGUCCAUGUGGGGCUGUCAAACCUAAUUCUCCUUGCAUGCAUCACAAAAAAUGUUCAAAGAAAUAUCCUAAAAAGUUCUGCGACAAGACAAGUGUUGAUGAAAAGGGAGGUGUGUCCAUAAAAUACCUUUUCAAGUAUUUACACAAAGGAAGUGACCGAGUAAACGCCAUUCUGGAAACACCUGCAACAAAGAAAAAGACUUCAAACGAUAGUGAUAUCAGUGAUCCAAAAGAAAGUACAUCAGACGUCAGUGAUACUGUUGCACCAAAUAAUAAGCCAAAACCGAAAUUUGAUGAGAUUAAGAAAUAUCUUGACUGUCGUUAUCUAUCUGCCUCAGAAGCGUUCUGGAGAACAUUGAACUUUGAAAUUCAUUAUCGUCGUCCAUGCGUAGAAAGAUUACCAUUUCAUCUUGAAGGAGAGCAGUUGAUUUAUCAUAAAGAUACUGAAGACUUGAGAGAUGUUUUGGAAAGAACCGAUCCAGAUGCAACAAAAUUCCUUCAUUGGAUGAAAGCUAAUAGAGAACACGUAAAAGCAAGGAACCUAACGUAUGCAGACUUUCCUUCGGAAUGGACAUGGGAUACAGAGUCUAAAGAAUGGAAACCAAGAAAGAGGGGCUUCAACAAAAUAGGACGCAUCUACUAUGUCCACCCCACUGCAGGAGAGAAAUAUUAUUUGCGUAUUUUAUUGAAUGUGCAAAGAGGUUGUCAGAGCUACGACGAUAUUAAAACAGUAGACUGUGUAACUCAUCUGACAUUCAAAGCAGCAUGCUUAGCCCUAGGUUUGUUAGAAGAUGACGGGGAAUGGGACCAUGCUAUAAAGGAAGCAGCAGCGAUAUAUAUUAAUGGAAAAAGAUUGCGAGAACUUUUCGUUACACUUUUGUUGAAUUGCAAAGUCACUGAACCUAAAAAACUAUGGAGUGAAAACUGGAAACUUUUGGCAGAUGGCAUUGAACACGAACACCAAAAACUUUAUGGGAAUGAGAAUUUAACUUACGAUGAUGAUGAUUUGAAGAACUAUGCUCUUCAAGAAAUCGAGUUAAUAAUGUGGAAAUGUGGUAGGACUUUGAAAGAGGAUGAAUUUUCAGAGAUUCCGUACCCAGACAUGUCAGGAAUUGAUGUUCCUAGGAACCACUUAGUUGCAGAAGAAACAAGCUAUGACAGGAUUAAUCUACUUGCCGAGGCAGAGAGUUUAAAAAGAGAGUUAAACAUAAAACAGAAAAUAGUGUUUGACAGUGUCAUCGAUUCAGUUGAGAAGAAAGAUGGUAGUCUUUUUUUUGUGUGUGGAAGUGGUGGAACAGGUAAGACAUAUCUCUGGAGAACCAUUAUUUCUUAUUUACGAGCGCAGGGUAAAAUUGUUUUGGCGGUUGCUUCUUCGGGUAUAGCGUCCUUACUAUUACCAGGCGGCCGUACAGCUCAUUCGAGAUUCAAAAUCCCAUUGAGGCUUAAUGAACAAUCAUGCUACAAUAUUUUUAAGAAAACAAAUGAAGCCGAUUUAUUAUGCAGGGCCGACUUAAUUAUCUGGGACGAAGCACCAAUGAUGCACCGAAAUGGACUUGAAGCUGUCCAGCGAACCCUAGCUGAUUUAAUGAUGGAAAAAAAUGGAGGAAAGGAAUUGUUUGGUAGAAAAACAUUGGUUCUUGGUGGUGAUUUCAGGCAAAUUUUACCGGUAAUUGAGGAAGGGUCGAGAGAGGAAAUAGUUAAUGCUUCUAUAAGCAGGUCAAAACUAUGGAAACAUUUUAAAGUCUUUGAAUUAACAGAUAAUAUGCGUCUGCUGACCGGAGAUACGUCUGUUCAAAAAAGAGAAGAAGUUGAAGAAUUUUCAAAAUGGGUUCUUGAUGUGGGUAAUGGUAAGUUACCAACAAUCAGUUUGGAUGGAUCGAAAGAUACAGAUUGGGUGGAAAUACCUUCAGAUUUACUAAUACGGUGUCAAGAAAAUCACCUCGACACAAUAGUACGAACAAUGUAUCCCGACUUGAUAAUACACAUGCGUGAUAAGAAUUAUCUUGCUGAUCGGAGUAUAUUAGCGCCAACAAAUGAAUGUGUGCAUAACAUAAAUUCACACAUCUUAGCAUGUAUACCAGGUGAAGAACAUACAUAUUUGAGUGCUGAUUACAUUGGACCAGAAUCGACGGAAUAUCAUUCGAGCGUUAUUUUCUACGACAAAGAGUUUCUUAACAAGCAUGAAUGUUCUGGAAUGGCUAGCCACAAGCUAACCUUGAAAGUUGGAGUGCCAAUCAUGCUACUCCGAAAUAUAAGCCAACCAGAUGGACUACGCAAUGGUACUAAAUUGAUUGUCAAACAAUUGGGGGAAAAAGUAAUUAAAUCGGAGAUACUCACAGGUCCAGGUGUUGGAAAUAUUGUUUUUAUCCCGCGAAUAGUAAUGACUACACCCGAGACAAGUCUUCUGUUUAUCCUGCAUCGAAGACAAUUCCCAGUAAGAGUAUGCUAUGCCAUGACGAUAAAUAAAAGUCAAGGACAAAGCCUUCCAAAUGUUGGUGUCUACGUAGACAAGCCUGUAUUCACUCAUGGUCAGUUGUAUGUAGCUGUUUCAAGGACAACUUCGAGAAAAGGAUUAAAAAUAUUAAUCAAAAAGAACGACAAUGAGCCUGAAGGAUAUACACAAAAUGUUGUGUAUGAGGAGAUAUUUGAUAAUCAUUAG